AUGGCCUCUGCAAGAAAGGUAACCGACAAGCGACAUAACCCAGUGGAAAGCAUUUGCAGAAAAAUCAGAGCCAUCCAAAAGAGAGAAGAGAUUUCAGAUCCGAUUCAACAGAUUAUCAAAUACCAAUCUAGCCGUUUUGACGGUCCACAGACUAACUUCAAGAAAGAUUUUGAAGAGGUCCUGACGAAAAUGGCUGCUGCUAUUCCCUGGCCCAACACACGUUUCUCACAUUCUGAGAAAGAUGAUGCCUUCAUUUCAUAUCCUCAAAUAGCGUCUCCAAGAACCCUAACCGUUUCUCCUCUCUGCUCUCCUGAGAAUGCAACAUACUCUGUUCCCUUCACAAGUUCAGAAAACCUCUCAAGGCCAAGAUCACAGAGCUCUCAGCAUUACACAUCUUUGGUAUCACAGACCAGGAAAGGGGAGCACUUCUCUAACAAGGAUUUGAAUAACUAUUCUAGUGAAAAUAACUUAAGUGCCUUAAUACUUGACUUUGAUUCAACCUCUGAAAAGCGCUCUGAAUGCUUUACUUCUCAGGAUUCAGUGGGGAAAAACUUAUCUCUAAACGAAGCUGGAUGGAAACUAGGAAACGAUAAUGUCAAGAAAGAUGUAACCUACAGCACUAAGAGGACUUGUGAAGAGUUACUCACAAGUAUUUUUCAUGCAUGUGACACAAAAUGCAGAGGCUCAGUUGGAAUUGCCAAUAUAAUAGACUACCUGAGACAGACAACUCGUCAAAAUUCUGAAGAUGGUGGACUUGAGGAGUUAUGGAACAUGCUUGAUCCUGAAAAGAGAGACCUGCAUGUGGAUCUGGAAACUUUUCAUACCAUUAUGAAAGAAUGGAUGGCUUGCUGUAGAAACAAAUGGAAAGGAAUGAGUACUGGAUCAAGUGGCAGGAUUGAUGAUUUUGUUUUUGAACAGGACAGCAUCAAAUCAAGCAGAGCAAUUAAGAUGACCACAGAUAAAACAGAAUCUACGUCAUGGAGCUUCGAGGCUUUGGGUGGAGAUGUGUCUAAAGGAGUCUUAGAGGUGUCUCAUUUGAUUACCUAUGCAGCAGACCUACAUUUUAACAGGCAAAAAUUGGAGGAAGAAAAUAAUAAGUUAAAACUGGCAUUAGAAACCUUGGAAGAAGCUAACUGCCAGUUAUCAGAAGAGUGUACUGAAUUGCGCCUUCAGAUAAAAAGUGCCCACCAGGCUAAUAUGAGAACGAAUCUGUUAAAAGAAGAACUGGAGGAACUGAAAAUUAGUAUGAAUGCUUCAGAAGAGCAGAAGACCAUGAUUGUAGCUCAGAACAAACAAUUAGAGACAGAAAACCGGGCUCUGAUUCUUAAGAUUCGGAUUCUCCAAGAAGAGAAUACUAAGAACAUUAUGGAUAUCUAUAAAUUGGAAAAGAAGAUUGAGGAAUUGUCUAAAACUGAGACUGAGCACCAAAUGCAGUUACACAUAUAUGAGAACACUUUGCUUAAUAAAGAUGCAAGUUUGCAGAAGAAGGAUUUAAGUAUAGAAGAACUUAAGUCAACCAUCAUAGAAUAUGGAAACAUUAUAGAGAAUUUACGAGGGGAUAAAAACAAACUGGCUCAUGAAUUACAGCACUUGCAACAGGAACUUAUCUUAAAUGGGAUCCAGCUGAAUGUUAGUGAAGAGUGUAAUAGUAUCAUCUCUGAAGAAGAAAAAUCUUUACAUUGUGAACUCACUCUUGCUCAAUCUGCAGAGGACAAUGAAGUUGAGUGGCAGUGCAGUUUCACCAGUUUGUCAACUCUGGAUAUGUUGAUGGACCAAGAAAUGCUAUUACUGAGAAAAUUUGAACAAAAGGGAGUGGAAUUCACAGCUGUCCUUCAAAAGCUGCACAAAGAAGUUUCUGAAGUUGAAACCCUCAUGGAUAGCUCUCUACAGUGGGUAACUGGUCCAGAAUUUACUGUGAAAAAAAAGUGGGAGAAGAAACUUACUGAAGUCAAAUAUAAAAUGGAAGAGAAACUAAAUCUUUGCAUAUUAACGCUGAACACCUUGGGAAGCCAGAAAAAAUCUCUUGAUAAAGAAUCUGUCAAAUUAAUAAAGAUUUUGAAGAGAUUCAGGCUGGAAUAUUUUUAUUUCAGAAAAGAAUUUCUUUCCAGGCAGAAACAACUAGAAGCCCUUGAACAACUGCAAGAAGAUGCUGUCAACCCGGAAGCUGACCUUAGGAAGAAGGUCCACGGAACCAGCCCAUGGCUGGAGGACGGAAAAGAGCAGGUAGGGUGGCCUUUGACCACUUUAUAUUUAAAGGGAAGUUUCCUCAGAUGUCUUUGAAACCAUGAAGUAAAAAACAGAGGAGGAACAGAAAAAAAAAAAAA